CGCGACUAACGACAUCGCUUUGUGAAAAACGAAAUUACUUUCCGACCAACCCAAUAUUUCGUUCGCCAACAUUGCUCAUGCCGAGUCAUCGCCUGCGAAUAUCAUUUACAUGUCCGUGUCGUAUUGUGCGAUUCAUCAGAUGACCGACGCUUUUCUCAUGCAAAAUUCUACUUCAACAUUCUAUUGUGAGUUGCAAUAAGCUGACAGCACUCACAAACGUAAAGCAAACUCUUGACGCGGUCUCCGGUCUGUCUCCGGUGUCUCGUUCCUUCAUGACGCGAGUCCAUUAGCUGCAACGAAAAAGAAUACACGCUGCUUGAGCGAAAGGUGAUACCAGGUUCGCGUUAACCUUGGCCUAAGGAAAUCGGAGGAAUUAUCCACGAAAGUAGUAGAAAUUGCCUCGACAAGACAAAGGGAGAGGAAUAUCGUUCUGAAACCUGCUAUUAAAUGUGAGUCAAAAUGCUUCUUCCUUCUCAAAGAAGAGUCUUAAAAAUAUCAUAUCAUCAGACUUCAUCACCGGUGCUACCAGACUGAAAGUCAAACACAUAUUCAGUCUCGACUCGACAUCAGGAUCAAGAUGACAGACGAAACUGACGUCACAUUGAGGAAGAAUUCGGUCGCGAUUGUCGCAGAUGUAGAUUUCUCGUCCGAAUCGAACUCUGAGAACGGAUUUAGUAUUACGGCCGAGGUCAAAGUUGCCCCGGAGACCGAUGUCACGACCAAGAUUGACAUCGUGUUCGAAACGGGUGUCGCAUCGACGAUGAUGGAUCCCGCUCCCGGCGCGUCUGGAACUCGCGUAAUAUCCAACGCGAAUGGCGUAGCCGACAAAGUAAACGAGGCGUCCAUCGAUGGAUCAUCCGACGUUGUCGCGCCUGUCCGAAGAUUACAGCGGCAGCCUCCCGUGGACCGCCGAAGGAAGCCUGUCGCGGUGCCGGCAAUCGAUCGCACCUCAUCACGUUGUCAGACAACCGAGAGGAACAUCUCCGAAGCGGAGAGCAAUGCUGCCGAGAGCAGCGAAGAGGACUUGAGAGAGGCAAACUUCACGAAGGAGAGAUCAGAAGUGCAGCAAGCGAUCGAGGAAUCCGCAAGCGAAGGUUCUAGAUCGGAGGCGACCGAAGCGGAAGUGACCGACGGACUGUUCACCGGGACAGUAGCUAAAGCGGAAGUUCAAGAGGAGGACUCGAGCACCGUUGAGAGUGAGAGACCAUCGUUCGAUCAACGAUCACUGAACGGGACUGCUUCGAAGGGGCGAUCGGCCGAGAUCGGAUCGAGGGUCAAGACGAGAAAGCCAAAGAGCAAGCUGAGAAGCACCCUGGAGCAGAAGAUGGAAACGAUAGAAAAGUUAGUGGAGAAUCAAGUGGAGCGAAUUUGGGGAGAGAACGUGGAGAAACAUUCGUGGCUGCAACCGAUCGACGCAUGGAUCGUCGACCGCUGCAAGCCUUCCACUAGCUACGCCGUCACGCACUGCCAGCACGAUGACGAUCAGUCUACCAUGUCUACGUACGAUUUCAAGUUCACGCCAGCGAAGGAGCAGGACGAGGAACCGAGGAUCGAGAGUAGAGAAACGACGACAACGAGGAUCGACGAUUCGAGCCUGGAGAACAGACUAAUGACACAUUUGCGGAGAUUGCGUGACCGGGCUGGUUCAUCAAGGUCUAACCAGUUCGAUCCGGCGAGCGCAAUCGCGCAACUGAAGAAACAGGAAGCCGACGUUCCGUCGCGCGUGAGAGAGGAGAAUAAUUCGAACGUACUGAUCGAUCCGGAGGUGUUGGGGGUGAAGGAGGUGAAGCGCUGUGAUCUCCUGGACAAGCUGAAGGAUAACGUCAAGGAAAAGAUGGAAGAUAUUCAAAGGUAUUUCCAGAGGACCAAUCGAUUGGCGGACGUGAAUAGACGACUGAAAUCACAGAUAUGGAGCUCCGUGGUGACGAUUGUGCUCGUGGAGGCGAAGAAUUUGUUGCCCAUGGACAUCGACGGCUUAUCGGAUCCUUACGUAAAGUUUCGACUGGGCACGGAGAAGUACAAGUCGAAAGUCGUUAAUAAGACAUUAAAUCCAGUUUGGUUGGAGCAGUUUGAUCUCCAUCUCUAUGAGGACCCGUAUCUAGGACAAGAAUUGGAAGUGACGGUGUGGGACAGGGACAGGAGCCAUCAAGACGAUCUGAUGGGCAGGACGGUGAUCGAUCUGGCGGCUCUGGAGCGGGAGACCACGCAUCGAUUAUGGCGCGAGCUCGAGGAUGGUUCGGGCAAUAUCUUUUUAUUGUUAACGAUAAGCGGCACCACGGCCAGCGAGACGAUCAGCGAUCUGGCUGCACACGAAGAAACGCCGGUAGAACGUACGCAACUGGUGCAACGUUACUCCAUUGUGAACACCCUGCAGAGGAUACGCGACGUGGGUCAUCUGACGGUGAAGGUAUAUCGCGCGCAGGGCCUCGCAGCUGCCGAUCUCGGCGGUAAAAGCGAUCCGUUUUGCGUGUUGGAGCUCGUAAAUUCUAGAUUGCAGACGCAGACGGAGUAUAAGACUCUCGCGCCGAACUGGCAAAAAAUCUUUACCUUCAACGUAAAGGACAUCAACUCCGUCCUGGAAGUGACGGUGUAUGAUGAAGAUCGAGAUCACAAGGUGGAGUUUCUCGGGAAGGUGGCGGUACCAUUACUGAAGAUCCGUAAUGGGGAGAAACGAUGGUACGCAUUGAAGGACAAGAAACUGAGGGGUCGCGCGAAGGGCAGUUGUGCCCAAAUCCUCUUAGAGAUGACGGUCAUAUGGAACGUAUUCCGGGCAUGCAUCAGAACGCUCAAUCCGAGGGAGAAGAAGUACAUGGAGCCGGAAGUGAAAUUCAAGAGGCAGGUCUUCCUGCGAAACGUCCUUAGGCUCAAAGCGAUCAUCGUCAUAUUCAUCGAUAUAGGAAAAUACAUACAGAGCUGCUGGGAAUGGGAAAGCAAGACGAGGAGCAUCAUCGCUCUGGUUAUCUUUAUUUUCGGAUGUUACUACUUCGAACCGUACAUGAUACCAGGGAUAGCAUUAUUGAUUCUCAUGAAGUAUUAUCUGCUUAGCCGCCAGAAAAACGGAUUCAAUUCUUGGAUUUACGGACAGGUCGCUGCGGUGACGGGUGCACCAUUAGUUUACGCAAGUUCGCAGUUUCAAGAUCAUAUUGAGCUGGGGUCCGACGAUUGUCCGCCAACGCCAGGGGACGAUGAUGACGACGAAGACGACAAGGACAAAGAAGAGAAGAAAAGUCUGAAGGAGCGUUUGCAGGCGAUCCAGGAGGUCACGCAGACGGUUCAAAACUCGAUCGGCUAUAUAGCUAGCCUUUGUGAGAGAGUGAAGAACCUUUUCAACUUCACGAUCCCCUACUUGAGCUACCUGGCGAUGAUCUUAGCGAUCAUGGGGGCGAUCGUGUUGUACUUUAUUCCUGUCCGGUAUCUGAUCCUCGGCUGGGGAGUCAACAAGUUCUCUAGGAAAAUCUUCAGGCCUCACUCCGUGCCCAACAACGAGCUCCUCGAUCUUAUAUCCAGAGUGCCUGACGACGAAGAGCUGCUUAAUUAUAGAGAACUGAAACCCGUGCCGACAGCUGAUUGCGAGAGAGGCAGUCCCGGUUCGAACACGAGGAGGGAGCAGAGGAAGAGGCACAAAGCGGCGUAGCAGAGUUCCCCGCGGCCGGAAGUCGCGGGUCCUAGGUCGUCCAGUAUCCUAAAAGCGGUCCUGCUGCGCCGGAAGCUGCGGCAGCGAAAGGGAUCAGCGGAAAAUAUGGAUGUGAUCGACAUAGACUGAACACCCUUUCAUUUUGUACCUCGUUCCUCCGCCCCUCCCCCUCAAUCUCCCUCAAGCCGUGAAAGAAAUCUUGAAUCUAGCGUCAGUCGUUAGCGACCGUAUGCGUAGUGAACGUCUCGAAGCAAUAGGCGAACGGCAAUGUGUAGAAACGAUUGAUGAUGAAAAAUUUUUAAUUUUCGAAAAAACAUGUAAAAUGAUGAAAGUAUGGGUUACGGAUCUGUUACGUGAUGCGAUGAAGAAACGGAAUACUUCAAUCGCGAACUCGUGUGUUGCGACAUAAUAUGCAUGUUACGCGUCUUAAAGAAUCCCGUGUUGAAUCGAGAAAGCAAAAAA